CAUUCGCAGUGUCAUGCAGAAGUACCUGGAGGACCGGGGUGAGGUGACCUUUGAGAAGAUCUUCUCCCAGAAGCUGGGGUACCUUCUUUUCCGAGACUUCUGCCUGAACCAUCUUGAAGAGGCUAAGCCCUUGGUGGAGUUUUAUGAGGAGAUCAAGAAAUACGAGAAGCUGGAGACGGAGGAGGAACGUGUAGCCCGCAGCAGGGAGAUCUUUGACUCCUACAUCAUGAAGGAGCUGCUAGCCUGUUCACAUCCCUUCUCGAAGAGUGCCACGGAGCAUGUCCAGGGUCACCUAGUAAAGAAACAGGUGCCUCCAGAUCUCUUUCAGCCAUACAUUGAGGAGAUUUGUCAGAACCUCCGAGGGGAUGUGUUCCAGAAAUUCAUUGAGAGUGACAAGUUCACACGGUUCUGCCAGUGGAAGAAUGUGGAGCUCAACAUCCACCUGACCAUGAACGACUUCAGUGUGCAUCGCAUCAUCGGGCGUGGGGGCUUCGGCGAGGUCUAUGGGUGCCGGAAAGCAGACACGGGCAAGAUGUAUGCCAUGAAGUGUCUGGACAAGAAACGCAUCAAGAUGAAGCAGGGGGAGACCCUGGCCCUGAACGAGCGCAUCAUGCUUUCCCUCGUUAGCACUGGGGACUGCCCUUUCAUCGUUUGCAUGUCAUAUGCAUUCCACACACCAGACAAGCUCAGCUUCAUCCUGGACCUCAUGAAUGGCGGAGACCUGCACUACCACCUCUCCCAGCACGGGGUCUUCUCUGAAGCUGACAUGCGCUUCUACGCAGCUGAGAUCAUCCUGGGCCUAGAGCACAUGCACAACCGCUUUGUUGUCUACAGGGACCUGAAGCCGGCCAACAUCCUUCUGGACGAGCACGGCCAUGUGCGCAUCUCGGACCUGGGUCUGGCCUGCGACUUCUCCAAGAAGAAGCCUCAUGCCAGUGUGGGCACCCACGGGUACAUGGCCCCAGAGGUCCUGCAGAAGGGUGUGGCCUAUGACAGCAGCGCUGACUGGUUCUCUCUGGGCUGCAUGCUCUUCAAGUUGCUGCGGGGGCACAGCCCCUUCCGGCAGCACAAGACCAAAGACAAGCAUGAGAUUGACCGCAUGACAUUGACAAUGGCUGUGGAGCUGCCAGACUCCUUCUCCCCUGAACUCCGCUCCCUGCUGGAAGGCUUGCUGCAGAGGGAUGUCAACAGGAGGCUAGGCUGCCUGGGCCGCGGGGCUCAGGAGGUGAAGGAGAGCCCCUUCUUCCGCUCCCUGGACUGGCAGAUGGUCUUCUUGCAGAAGUACCCGCCCCCACUGAUUCCCCCACGCGGGGAGGUGAAUGCCGCCGAUGCCUUCGACAUUGGCUCCUUUGAUGAGGAGGACACAAAAGGAAUCAAGGUACUGCACGUUGCCUGGCCUUCCCUGAACCCAGAGCCAGGCACAGGGCCCCGGGUAGGCCUGUGGCUGAUAACGUCCCUGCACCUUCUGUCCAUCUGUGUGUCCCUGCUCUGUCUGAAGUUACUGGAUAGUGAUCAGGAGCUCUACCGCAACUUCCCCCUCACCAUCUCGGAGCGGUGGCAGCAGGAGGUGGCAGAGACUGUCUUUGACACCAUCAAUACUGAGACAGACCGGCUGGAGGCCCGCAAGAAAGCCAAAAACAAGCAGCUGGGCCAUGAGGAAGACUAUGCCCUGGGCAAGGACUGCAUCAUGCACGGCUACAUGUCCAAGAUGGGCAACCCCUUCCUGACCCAGUGGCAGCGGCGGUACUUCUACCUGUUCCCCAACCGGCUCGAGUGGCGGGGCGAGGGCGAGGCCCCGCAGAGCUUGCUGACCAUGGAGGAGAUCCAGUCAGUGGAGGAGACACAGAUCAAGGAGCGCAAGUGCCUCCUGCUCAAGAUCCGAGGUGGCAAGCAGUUUGUCCUGCAGUGUGAUAGUGACCCUGAGCUGGUACAGUGGAAGAAGGAAUUGCGUGAUGCCUACCGUGAGGCCCAGCAGCUGGUGCAGCGAGUGCCCAAGAUGAAGAACAAGCCACGCUCGCCAGUGGUGGAGCUGAGCAAGGUGCCACUGAUCCAGCGUGGCAGUGCCAACGGUCUCUGAUCUGCCUGCCCACCUGCCACCUCCCACCCGCCUUUUAUAAACCUCUAAUUUAUUUUGUUGAAUUUUUAUUAUUUGUUUUCCCGCAAAGCGGAAAAGGUUUUAUUUUGUAAUUAUUGUGAUUUCCUGUGGCCCCAGCCUGGCCCAGCCCCCAGGGAGGGGCCUGCUUGCCUCGGCUCCUGCUGCCACCAACCCAGCCACUGUCUAGCACACCUGACACCCCUGGGCCACCGCUCCCAGUGUCUUCCUAUUGGGGAGAGCAGCAGCUUCCAGCAGCCCUCCUGCCCCUCCUCAGGGUGAAGUCACAUGGAGCUGUGUCACUUCAGGCUCUGUGGGCUAUGCUCUGCCCAUGGCACAGAUGGGUGGCCCAGUGUUCCUUAUCCCAGGGGAAGGCACAGCACAGGGGUACUACUUGAACUUUCCUACCACAGCCCUUCCUGUGACAGAGGGAUGGACCCCCUCUGUCGUGCCCUCUGGUCAUUGGUGAGGAGCGGGCCCUUGUCUCUCUGGUUCUGGAAGCCUCCCCCAGUGACUGGGGCUCCUAGGCCCUUGUUCAGGAAAAGCCCCUGUGUCACUGCUAUCCCCAUUCCCACUUCUCUGGACACUAUGGGGCUUCACCAGGAGGGUGGUAUUGGCAGUAGCUACUGCUGGCCUCCCUGCAGGCCCCUCUUUCUCCCGCCAAGCACCCGAGCUGAGGAGCACAGAAAAGCAAUUGCGGAUUGGGCCACAAUGGCCUAGCCUGCCUCUCGGGUCCUCUGCCCCUGGGCUGGGUAAGGUUCACCUGUCGAGAACCACAGCAGGUCAGCCUGGGCAGGCAGGUGGCACAGUGAGAGGGUGCCAGCAGGGACCAGCCCUCCCUGCCCUGGCCAGUCAAUGUGCCCCCACCCAUGGCUGUCCAGUCCCACAGCCCAUGUCCUGUCAGUGCCACCAUCCGUGGGCGCCACCUCACCCACCGCAUGCCCCCCUGUGCCAGUCGUGCUGCCGUGUGUGGUGUUGCGCCCCUCUCCUUGGGGCUGGGGCGGCGCACCCUCCCCUUGUCUACUCACUCCCAGGGCGUUUCUUUGCCGAUUUUUGAAUGUGAUUUUAAAGAGUGGAAAAUGAGACUAUGCGUUUUUAUAAAAAAUGGUGCCUGACCCCUUGCUGUCUCAGACUCUCUUUGUGCCUGGUGACCACUUUUUAGCCUCUGCCAGCUGGCACUGAAGAAAGAGGGUUUUGGUGGCACCAGGCCCCUUCCACCACUGUGGCAGCCUCCAGGGAGACCCAGGCCCUCUUCUAGUAGGGCUGGGAUACCAACUUCUCCCUCCCAACCUGCCCAGCUGGCUUGUCCUCCUCCCUUGGUUCUUCAGUGCUUGCUCCAUCUCCCUUUCUCC